CUUCCGUUUACUUUUUUCAGACCGAAAAGAAGAGAGCAAAAUGGAAACAGUGAAAGCGCCAUGGAAGCAGCUUCUUCUCGACGCAGUGGAAGCCAAUGCCCACCUCAAGCAUUCGUCUUUCUUUCAGCUUGCGACAGUGGGUUGUAAUGGGAGACCUGCGAAUCGCACCGUCGUUUUCAGGGGAUUUCAAGAGGACACUGAUAAGAUACAAAUCAACACAGAUUUCCGAAGUCGCAAGGUUGAGGAGCUUAAGCGUAGUCCAUUUGCUGAGAUAUGCUGGUACUUCACUGAAUCUUGGGAGCAAUUCCGGAUUAAUGCAACAGUUGACAUAAUUGAUGGAACAAUUCAUGAUCCUUUAAAGCUUCAGCAAAGAGAGAAAGCUUGGUUCGCCAGUUCUCAGAAGUCGAGGCUGCAAUAUUUGGGGCCUAGUCCAGGUCUUCCAAGUCUAGAUGAACAGCCAUCAAAGGAAAUUUUUCUCGACAGUCUUGAAGGCCCAGUUGAUGGAUAUUGUUUGCUGGUUCUUGAUCCAGAUCAGGUUGAUUACGUGAAUUUGAAGAGCAAUCAAAGGCUUAGCUUUACAUCCGGGCAAAAUGCCAAUGGGGAGAAAUGCUGGACUUCAAAGAGAAUCAAUCCUUGACCUCUAUUUUGUGGUGUGGGUUUCUGAAGCAUAAUCUUCCAACACUUUUCUAUGACCUUUUUCAUUUCCUUUAUCUAGGAGGAUAAAUAAGGGGAUAAUGUACCUUGUAUAUGUAUAUGAAUAUGAUUUAACUUAGUUUUAAUGGGCGUUCACUUCUGUCUUACAAAAAAUCUGUUAUUGCCAUUUUGCAAUGAAUCU